CUGCUUGCUUCUUUCAUCACAGUUUUAAAAAACACUUUAAGGAAACUUCUGGUUUGUGAGGAAAGUUCCGCUUUCUCAGAGACGCACAUCAGAUCAGAUCAGAGACAGAAGUGAGUUGAGUGUGUGUAGUGUUGUGUUGUGUGAUGUUCAGAGAAAUGUUGUUGAUGUUUGGACUGAUGCUGCUGAUGUUCCAGAUGAUCUCAUGUGAGGAUCAGAUGUGCAGGUUUAAUCAGACAGAAAUCUGUUAUGCAGUUCUGGGACACAAACUCUCUCUGCAGAUGGUUCUGGAUCCUCAACACUAUGACGCAACAUUAAAACAUCUCAAAACAGGCAACAAAACAGUUGAUCCAACAUGUAGAAUUAAAAAUGACAAGAUAAAAGAGAAUAUGUGUGAUCUUUACAAGAGCAGAUCUGAUGUCAUGAUCAGUAAUGGUGCUGUGAUUAUAAAUCAUGUGAUCAGAGAAGAUUCAGGCAGAUACACAUUAGUACUUACUGACUCGACUGGCUCAGAAACAUCUGCAGAACUUCAGAUGAAUGUUAAAGGUCCACGUGUUGUUCUCAUUGUGUUGGGUUGUGUUACUGUGAUUCUGCUUGUGUUGUUCAUCACAGUUUAUCACAUUUACAAGAGGAAGAAACAUCACAAGUCAACAGCAGAACAUCAGACAGAGAGGAAAGAGAUGAAGGAUGAAGAGAUUCAGUACGGUGAAGUGACGUUUACUCCAGACAAGACCAACAUUCAACAACAACAACAACAACAACAGCAGCAGUGGAGGUGUAAAGAACAGGACGAGUGUGUGUACUCUCACAUCAAAUAAACCAAAAUAACCAAGACCUGCCCAUCCACACAGUUCUGAGCAAAUCCUGAAUAUUCACAUUAACCUUUUUUGUUUCUAUUUAAGCUCAAGUAUUUGUGUAUAAAUAUUUAUAGAGAGAGAGAGAGAGAGAGAGAGAGAGAAAGAAAGAGAGAGAAUGUCCAGUGUCUUAAAUGUGUUUUGAAAUGUUUUAUCAGAAGCAGGUGGACUGAAAAGUCAGAGGUACAAUUGUCUCUUGUUGUGUUGUAUUUUUUAUUUACAGUAAAACUUCACUUGUGUAGCAGUAAACACUUCA